CUGGAUGUAUCCAAUAUAAUGUCUGGUCCUGUAAUCAUUAUUUAGGCAAAGGAUAAACAUCAUUUUGAAGUUGAGAAUUUUGCUGUGUAAGAAGGAGGAGACUGAGCCAGAGCUCAUUGAAGUCUAUAAGAGUCUGUCAUUGAGUUCAUUAGGCUAGAAGAGCCAGUCCCAUAGUGAAGGAGUGUAAAUCUAGAAUAGUAUUGAACUUCAGUUAUAUCAAUAUAAAGUGUUAACAUGCAUGUUCAUUAUCUUAAUUUCCUCCUCAUUUUAUCUUAAAAUAUUCCAACAUAAUUUUGGUUUGAAGCUGUUAAGAUUCAGACACAUAAUAGACACUGGGAUUCCAUAUGGACAAAACAAAUCUUCUCCUGCUGCUGCUGUUAGAAUAUAUAUUUCAGGUUUCAAAGAGUCUAGAUUGUGACCAAGUGAAAAAAUCCACUAGAGCAGUUUCGGUGGCGUGGUCUGAGUUCCCCAAAGGAGAAAAACCAGAUUUUUAUGUUGUAACAUAUAAGCUUACAGAUGACUUCCAUGAAAAAGUAAACUAUAUUGUAGAAAACAUUUCUUCAGUUGUGCUAAAUCCUCUGAAUUCCAUAAUUCUGCUAGAAGAAGGAAAGAAAUAUGAUGUCACAAUAGAGUCAAUAAAGAAUGGGUCAAUUUUAAGUGUAAAGUCAUUUAAGACAUGUGGAAUUUCAGGCAACAACAUCAAAGCACUUGUGACAAGUACUACAGUAUCUUUUAACUGGAGUAUAUUAGCCAGUGAAUUUUCAGUUUCAGUUGCACUGAAUAACACUUUGCGGAUUAUACAACAAAACGAUGUCUUCUCUGAGUGGGAUAAUUUGAUACCUGCAACCUUGUAUACUUUUACGUUUGAAUUUAAACAGCUGCACCUUGAAUUUAUAAAUGUGUUUCAAGCAAUGGAUAUUCAAGUUGAAACAGGUCUGUGUUCACAAGGAUGGCUGGCAUUCAAAGGCAGCUGCUAUAAAAUGAGCAAAUCAAGCAAGCCAUGGAGUAUGGCACAACAAAUCUGUGAAUUGUCUUCAAUAGGGGCACACCUUGUUGACAUACAGAAUGAAGAAGAACAUAUAUUUAUAUCUUCUUACCUCCAGACAGUCAAUCAAAUAAUCAUGUUAUGGACAGGUCUUAAUGACAUGAAGGAAGAAGGUCACUUUUUGUGGACAGAUGGAUCUCCUUAUCUUGGAAAAGAUGAGAUCUCGUCCUUGUCCUUGAUACUAGAGAAUGAAACUGACUGCUGUGCUUUUCAGCAAAAUCCAACUGGUCCAAACUAUUUCUUCACAGGAUUUUUCUGCUAUAUAUCUUUGCCAUAUAUUUGCGAAUAUGAAUUACCUUCUGUACCAGAAAACUUUGUGUUUAACGUGCAAGACAUCAAAACAACCGAAGCUGUGUUUGUUUGGAGUGAGUUGAAUGACUGGCUUAAAUCAGGAUUUGAACUUAUAAUUAAAUACUAUUUUGAUGAUUCAGAACAACAUUUUGAGCGCUUGCCUCUAAAUACAACACGCACAACAAUUGUGCAAUUGUCUCCUGGUCGCCUCUAUAGGGUUUUACUAUCAGCAAGGAGCCCCAGAGGGGCACAGACUAACUUAAGUCCAGUUCUGAUGGUAGAGACAAGGCCAUUACAUUCUCACAGUUUAGAGGCUACACAUGUAUCAUCAACAGAAAUCUAUUUACAGUGGGACCCUCCAGAGAACUCCUCCAAUGCAUCUUUUCAUCACUAUCUUGUCACUAUUUUGGACACUGAAGUGAACACAUCGGAGAAAUUACCAGUUCAGAAAAGCACCACUUCAAUGGUAAUUAGAAACAUCAAGCCGUAUCAUCAGUACAAGAUAUAUUUACAGAGUGUAGCAGAAAAGGGAUCUCUAAGCUGCAGUGAGAAGCCUAUAUUAAUUACAACAGCUGUCAGUCCACCUAGCAAUGUUGUUAUUCAUCCCGAGGAUGUGCAAGAAGAGAGUGUAAUUCUUCACUGGAAGGUACCACAAGAGGGCCUUGGAUCCUACAUUCAAGUGAAACCUACUACAGAUGUGGAUGAAACUGUAAAGUUUUUAUUAAACUCCACAGAUAGAUUUAAGAUUAAUCAUCUAGUUCCUGGCAUGACUUAUGAAAUAUCAGUGGCAACUGUGAAUAAUGGAAAUAUGAGUGAACUGAAGACCAUUCAAUGCACCCUAAAGCCCAAACCAGUUCAGAUUAUUGUCCCUUAUGACAUUUCUAGUAAUUCUGUGGUUUUAUUUCUUCAAAUACCUGAUGUUGGAAUAUUUGAUGGUAUAUAUGUUACAAGCAAAGGAGGACCUAAUGCUACGCUGGCUUUAAAGAAUGAUAAUAAAGUAACAAUUGAAAACUUGAUCCCAGGCACAGAAUAUGAUUUUUAUGUUUCUACAGUAAGUAGAAACACGUUAAGCUCCGUAUAUCACGUACCUGGUGUAAAAACAUGUCUGGCAGCUCCACUAAAUGUACAUGAAGGUAAAGUUACAGAUACUUCAAUACAAAUUGUUUGGGAUCGUGCUGAUGGAAAUUUUCAGCAGUAUGAAGUCACAUGUACAAAUUGUGCAGGCACUAUCAUGGUCCAAAAAGUCAUGCAAGAAAUGGCAUUGUUUUCCAAUCUUAUUCCUGGAAUGCUGUACAACUUUACAAUUCGAACAGAAAAAGAAGGUUUCAAAGACAGCCUUCUUGUAAUAAAAGAAAUAGAGACAGUACCAAGCCUGGUUAAAUAUAUGAAUCACAGUAAAGACUCAGAAUCAAUAACUGUUACCUGGCCAUCAGCACAAAAUAUAUUUGAUGGAUACAUUAUUUCAAUUAUCAGCAAAAGCUUCCGCAAAGAGGAAAUAUUAUCUUCCAGUGUAAGAAUGUUCAGAUUUGAAAGUCUUUCCCCAGGGACUGACUUCUUAAUUAGUAUUGUGACUACCAAUGGAUUAAAGAAAAGCCAUCCUACCACCAUCAAGAUUAGUACUUAUCCUGAUCCACCCUUAGAUUUACAGGUUUUUGGACAAGAAGAGAACACCGUAUAUUUGUCUUGGAAACUGCCAAGAGGAGGCUUUGAAAUGUUUCAGCUUUCCUAUUGUUUGAUAACAAACAGUGAAACACUACGUACAACAACUGUGUAUGGCAGCAGAGCUGUAGUGAAAAAUCUGACCCCUGGAAUGGACUACUUGUUUCAAUUAAAGACAAUUAAAGGCUUGGAUUCCAGCAUGGCUGUGGAGAAAAAAGUCACCACAAAACCAGCUGGGAUAUGUGGUCUAAUGUUAAAAAAGGCAAAUACUGGCUCUGCCACACUCAUGUGGAAUCCAACCAGGACCAACUUCACCCAUUAUACAGUAUCUAUAUCAAACAGUACAUUCAGGAAAGAAUAUAGUAUUUUGGGAGUGCUGAAUGACUACACAGUUACAGGACUGACUGCUGGCGGCAUUUAUAAUUUCACAUUGCAAAGAGUCAGAGGUUAUGUUGAAGGAGCUAUCGCGUUCAUUGAAAUUGUUACAGAACCUGCAAAGCCAGAGGGUCUUAAAGCCUUCAAUGUUUCAUCACAUUCCUUCUCGCUGAAUUGGAGACUACCUUAUGGACGUGUGGAAAGGUUUCAUGUGGAUCUUAUUCCUGGUCAUGGCUUUAUUACUAUCCUAGAUCUUGGAGGUGGGGAGUAUCGGGCUGAUUUUUCUAGCGUUACUCCUGGAACAACAUAUAAUGUGACAGUUUCUUCAGUUUCUUCUUCAGCAUACAGUUCACCAGUCAGUAGAACAGUGACAACUAACGUAACCUAUCCAGGACCCCCGGUGUUCCUUGCCGGUGAAAAAGUAGGAUCUGCAGGAAUUCUGCUCUCUUGGAAUGUACCACCACAUCCAAAUGGGAGGAUUAUAUCCUAUAUUGUUAAAUAUAAGGAGGUCUGCCCAUGGAUGCAAACAACUUAUACCCAAGUAACAACAAAACCAGAUAGUUUGGAAGUUCUUCUCACCAAUCUUAACCCUGGAACAACUUAUGAAAUUAAGGUUGCUGCUGAGAACAGUGCUGGCAUUGGAGUAUUUAGUGAUCCUUUUCUCUUUCAAACUGCAGAAAGUGCUCCAGGUAAAGUGGUGAAUCUCACAGUUGAGGCGUUAAAUUAUUCAGCUGUAAAUCUGAUCUGGUUUCUGCCUCAGCAACCAAAUGGAAAGAUAACCAGUUUCAAGAUUAGUGUGAAACAUGCAAGAAGUGGAAUUGUAGUGAAAGAUGUUUCUGUUAAAGUGGAGGACAUUCUAUCCGGGAGGCUACCAGAAUGUAAUGAAAACAGUGAAUCAUUUUUGUGGAGUACUACCACCCCUUCAACUACUUUUGGCAAAUCUACAUUUCCUUCACGGGCUAUGUUUACACCAAGUACAGUAGCACCUAGUCAAAUGAGCUCUGUCUGGAAUGAACCUAUUAGUUUUGUUGUGACUCAUCUUAGACCAUACACCACUUAUCUUUUUGAAGUCUCUGCCGUUACCACUGAAGCAGGUUAUAUUGACAGCACAAUUGUCAGGACACCAGAAGCAGUUCCAGAAGAUCCACCCCAGAAUUUUGCCAAAGGCAACAUUACCGGAAAGUCCUUCUCAGUGUCUUGGGACCCACCAAACAUAAUAACAGGAAAGUUUAGUUACAGAGUUGAGUUAUAUGGACCGUCUGGUUAUAUUCUAGAUAACAGCACAAAAGAUCUCAAGUUCACAUUUAGUAAUCUAACACCAUUUGCAACCUAUGAUGUGUAUGUUGCUGCUGAGACAAGUGCCGGGAUGGGGCCUAAAUCUAAUUUAACAGUUUUCACUCCUCCAGAAGUUCCAAGUGCUGUAUCUGAUUUACAACUAGCAGAAGUAGAAGCCACUCUCAUAAGAAUUGCUUGGAGGAAACCAGAACAACCAAAUGGAAUCAUUACUCAAUAUAGGGUUAAAGUGUUAGCUCAGGACACAGGAGUGACUGUGGAAAACACAAUUCUCACAGGGAAAGUUAAGCAUUCGAUGGAUUCUGUGGGUCCAGACAUGUUAAAUGAAAAUAUCCAAUCUACUUUCACUUGGGAUUCAGUAGAAACAGCCACUGGACUGUAUGAAGGCUCAGCUGAGAUGUUUCCCAUGAUACAAACAGUUUCUUCAGUAACAUUUACUAGUCUAUCUAGUGAUAACUUGCCCACCAUAAAUGGAGCAGCAGAACUACAUUCAGUUUCUGAUAACCAGUAUGUCAUCAUUUCAUCUGAACAGUUGUCAUAUACAGUAAAAGGACUUAUACCUUUCACAGAAUAUACAAUCAGUGUAUCUGCUUUUACCAUUAUUGGAGAAGGGCCUCCAGCUGUUCUCACCGUUAGCACACGUGAACAAGUUCCAAGCUCAGUGCAAAAUAUUUAUUAUAAAAAUAUUAGCUCAUCAUCUGUUUUGCUGUAUUGGGAUCCUCCAGCAAAUCCUAAUGGAAAAAUCACUCAUUAUACAAUUUACGCAAUGGAACUGGACACAAAGAGAGCAUUUCACAUGACAACUGCGAACAAUAGCUUCCUUAUAACAGGUCUGAAAAAGUAUACAAAUUAUAAAAUGAGAGUAGCAGCUUCCACCACAGUGGGAGAAAGUGCUCUGUCUGAAGAGAACGAUAUUUUUGUGAGAACACCUGAAGAUGAACCAGGCUCUCCACCCCAGAAUGUAGAGGUAUUAAAUGUAACUGCAACAGGAAUAUACUUGAGAUGGUCACCACCAGAGCAACCUAAUGGGAUCAUAACUCAUUAUGAAGUUCUGUACAAUUAUGCCAAUGACUUAUUUAUUAAAAAUACCUCAGCUACAAGUAUAUUUUUAAAUGGCAUGAAACCAUACACUCUCUACAACAUUUCCAUAAGGGCUUUCACUAGACUUGGCCACGGGAAUCACUCAUCAUUUCCACUGUCUGUCAGAACUUCUGAAACUGUUCCUGAUAGUGCACCAGAAAACAUAACCUACAGGAACAUCUCAUCUACAGAAGUAGAGUUAUCAUUUUUUCCACCAUCUGUUCCCAAUGGGAUUAUACAGAAGUACACUGUAUAUCUCAGGAGGAUUAAUGGAACUGAGCUAAGAAUCAUAAACACUACUCUUCUGACGAUAAGUAUUACAGGUUUAAAGAAAUAUACCAAAUAUACAGUUGAGGUGUCUGCAAGCACUAGCCAGGGUGAAGGGGUUCGUAGUGCACCUCUAAACAUAUUGACUAAUGAAGAUGCUCCUAGUUCACCUCCACAAUCCCUCUCAGUAAAACAGUUGUCGGGUGUCACUGUGAAGUUGUCAUGGAAACAACCACUGGAGCCAAAUGGAAUUAUCCUCUAUUACACAGUUCAUGUCUGGAAUACAAUGUUAAAAAGAAGUGUUAAUGUAACAGAAACAUCACUGAUGUUCACAGACCUAGAAAAUAACAAUGAAUACAAAGUUUAUAUAACAACAAGUACCAGAUUUGGGGAUGGAAACAUAAAAAGUAGCAUUAUAAGCUUCAGAACUUCUGAAGGAGCACCAAGUGAUCCACCAAAAGAUGUCAUGUACAGAAACCUCACUGCAUCAUCAAUAAUGGUUUUCUGGUCCCCUCCUCAAAGGCCUAAUGGGAUUAUACAAUAUUAUUCAGUUUAUUACAAAAAUAAUUCAGGAAUUUUUAUAAAGAAUUUCACCAGCCAAGACAUUGACAGUGGUGUUGACAAUAAAUCUCUGUCUGCAGUAUUAGACAAUUUGGCAAAAUGCAGCUACUAUACUGUGUGGUUAACUGCAGACACUGCCUUUGGAAAUGGAAACAAGACCAGUGAGAUAAUACACGUAUAUACAGAUCAAGAUAUUCCAGAUGGCCCUGUUGAAAGUCUGACAUAUCAAAAUGUUUCUUCAACUGCUAUAAAUGUAAGCUGGCUUCCACCAUCCCAGCCAAAUGGUAUAGUCUUCUUCCUCGUUUCACUAAGUUUAUGGGAUACACAAACAGACAGUGAGAUAUUGUCUCUCAUUACUUACAAUACAAGCAUGUUUUUGGAUAAGCUGGAGAAGUACACCGAUUAUAUUCUGAAAAUAAUUCCAGCAACAGUGAAGGGAUCUUCUAAAAUGCACACUGUGAAACUACACAUCAAAACCGAAGAAGAUGUCCCUGAAUCUUCACCUGUAAUCAGAACGUAUAAGAAUCUUUCAUCUACCUCAGUUAUGUUGUCCUGGGAGCCUCCUCUCCAACCAAAUGGUAUCAUAAUGAGUUAUGAUUUAAAGUUAUAUGGACCAGACAGGAAUGAUUCUUGGUCUACCUCCAAUAAUUCUAUCGUCCUAGAAGAUCUUUUACCAUUUACACUGUAUAGUAUUUUUGCUGCUGCAAGAACUAUCAGAGGACUUGGUCCCUAUGCUACGCUUAACUUUUACACGGAUGAGUCAGUGCCAUUAGCACCUCCUCAGGAUUUGGCUAUUUUCAACUAUACUGCCUACUCUGUGUGGCUAAAAUGGAGGCCAAGUCCUCAGCCAAAUGGUGCUAUUAAGAACUAUAGUUUUAAGAUUCAUGAAAACAAAAGUCAUACCAUAGUUUAUCAGUCCCAUGAAGAGAUGGCUGUGAGUGCUCCAGGAACAGCUGUUACCAGGGAUAGCCUAUACUCUUGCCUCUCCUUCCCUGCAUGUUUGUACGUCACCCAAAAUAGUCUCUUGUCUCAGAACGUUUCAGGUUCACAGAGUGACGCAAACCUUGUUGGAUUAGAGCCAUUCAGCACCUAUUUUAUCAGUGUCUCUGCUUUUACAAGAGUUGGAAAUGGCAAUCAGUUCAGUAACAUUGUCCAAUUCACAACAAAAGAAUCAGCUCCAGAUGUUGUCCAGAAUGUUCAGUGUACUGCAACAAGUUGGCAGUCGAUUCUAGUACACUGGGACCCACCUUCUAAGUCAAAUGGAGUGAUUACACAUUACAUCAUAAUAUUUGAAAGGAAUUCUACAAACAUUUCUGCUUAUGAUAAGGUGCAUACUUUCAGAGAUCUGCUAUCAAAUAUUUCUUACCAAUUUAAAAUAAAAGCUGCAACAUCUGCUGGUGAAGGAAAAGAACAGAUAUGCAAUGCCAGCACAUUUCCAGAAAAAGUCCCCAGUGCUCCCAGGGCUGUUGCUUUUUCCAACGUUCAAUCAACAAGUGUGACUUUGAUAUGGAGAACCCCAGAUACUAUCCUUGGCUACUUUCAAAACUACAAGAUUACUACACAGCUACGGUCCAUCCACUGCAGUGACUGGGAAAACAAUGAAUGUAUUGAAUAUGAGAAGGAUCAAUAUUCGUAUGAAACUGGUGUUGAUGACUAUAUAGAGGAGAUAGUACAUGAACUAAAAAAAUUCAGAUGGUAUAGGUUUAAAGUUGCCGCUAGUACAAAUGCCGGCUAUGGCAACACUUCACCUUGGAUUUCUACACAAACUUUGCCUGGCUCUCCAGAUGGUCCUCCAGAAAAUGUAACUGUAGUAGUUACAUCUCCUCACAGUAUUAACAUCAGUUGGAGUGAACCUGACAUUAUUACUGGACCAACAUUCUACCUCAUAGACAUUACCUCAGUAGAUAGUGAUUAUUAUAAAGCUUCAUUCCUCAAGACAACUUACGAGGGUAAAACCCUGGAAAUUUCAGAUUUAAAAUCAUUCACAAGAUAUUCUGUAGUAGUCACUGCUUUUACAGGAGAUGUAAAUGCUGCACAUAUUGAAGGCAAGUCUAGUACUUCAGUAAUUGUCUCCACAUUUGAGGCAGUGCCUAAAGACCCACCUAACAACGUAACAUUUCAGAAGAUACCAGAUGAAGUAACAAAAUUCCAAGUGACGUUUGUGCCAUCAUCUGAACCCAAUGGAAAUAUUCAAGUAUAUCAAGCCAUGAUUUACAAAGAAGAUGACCCUGCUGUUGUCCAGAUUCAUAAUCUAAGUGUCAUUGACAAAACAAAUAAAUCGGUCACUGCAGUGAUAGAGGGGCUAAAAGGAGGACAUACAUAUAAUGUCAUUGUGUAUGCAAUAAAUGGUGCUGGUGCAGGGCCAAAAAUCCAACUAAAAAUAACUAUGGAUAUUAAAGAACCACCAAGACCUAAUAAGAAACCAACACCAGUUUUUGAUACUAGCGGGACACUACUUGUUACUGCUACAACAAUUACUAUCAGAAUGCCAGUAUGCUACUAUAAUGAUGAUCAUGGACCUAUCAAGAAGAUACAAGUUCUUGUUGCAGAAGCAGGAGUUCAGCAUGAUGGAAAUGUUACUAAGUGGUAUGAUGCCUACUUCAAAAAACCCAGGCCAUAUUUUACAAAUGAAGGCUUUCCAAACCCACCCUGUACAGAAGGAAAGGAAGGACUGAGUGGCAAAGAAGAUAUGUAUGUUAUAGGUGCUGAUACUACAUGCAUGAUACCUGGGAGUGAAGAUAAAAUCUGCAACGGCCCCCUAAAGCCAAGAAAGCAGUACUUAUUUAAGUUCAGAGCAACAAAUGUUAAAGGCCAGUUUACAGAUUCAGACUAUUCUGACCCUGUCAAAACUUUAGGUGAGGGACUGUCAGAAAGAGCUGUAGAAAUAAUACUUGCAGUUACUUUGUGUAUACUUUCCAUAAUUCUUCUUGUGGUGGCUAUCUAUGCUUUUGCAAGAAUCCGACAAAAGCAAAAAGAGGGAGGCACCUACUCCCCGCGGGAUGCAGAAAUUAUUGACACUAAAUUCAAGCUGGAUCAGUUGAUCACAGUGGCAGACCUGGAACUGAAGGAUGAGAGAUUUACUCGAUACUCCUCAUUUUUCUUUAGACGCAAGGAGAUAUUUGUCAUCCAGUUACUUAGUUAUAGAAAAUCCAUCAAGCCAAUAAGCAAGAAAUCCUUCCUACAACAUGUUGAAGAACUUUGCACAGACAACAACCUAAAGUUUCAAGAAGAAUUUUCGGAACUUCCAAAGUUUCUUCAAGACCUUGCUUCAACUGAUGCUGAUCUGCCUUGGAACAGGUCUAAGAAUCGCUUUCCAAACAUAAAGCCAUAUAAUAACAACAGAGUAAAGCUGAUAGCUGAUGCUGGUAUUCCAGGAUCGGAUUACAUCAAUGCCAGCUAUGUGUCUGGCUACUUGUGUCCAAAUGAGUUUAUUGCUACUCAGGGACCAUUACCAGGAACAGUGGGUGAUUUCUGGAGAAUGGUGUGGGAGACUAGAGCAAAAACGCUUGUGAUGCUUACGCAAUGUUUUGAAAAAGGACGGGUAAGAUGUCACCAAUACUGGCCAGAAGACAACAAACCAGUGACUGUGUUUGGAGAUAUAGUGAUUACCAAAUUAGUGGAAGAUAUUCACAUAGACUGGACUAUCAGGGAUCUAAAAAUUGAAAGGCAUGGGGAUUGUAUGAUGGUACGUCAGUGUAACUUUACUGCCUGGCCUGAACAUGGAGUCCCUGAAACUACAGCACCAUUAAUCCAUUUUGUCAAGCUGAUCCGUGCAAGUCGAGCACAUGAUAACACACCUAUGGUUGUUCACUGCAGUGCUGGAGUUGGAAGAACAGGGGUUUAUAUUGCACUUGAUCACUUAACACAACAUAUAAAUGAUCAUGAUUUUGUGGACAUGUAUGGACUUGUAGCUGAGCUGAGAAGUGAGAGAAUGUGUAUGGUACAGAACCUGGCACAAUAUAUUUUUUUGCAUCAGUGUGUUUUGGACCUAUUGACAAGCAAGGGAAGCAGUCAAUCCAUAUGUUUUGUAAAUUAUUCAGCACUGCAAAAGAUGGACUCUUUGGAUGCCAUGGAAGGUGAUGUGGAACUUGAAUGGGAAGAAACUACCAUGUAAAUAUUUAAAGCAAAGAUUAUUAGGUCUUGAAAACCAAAUGGUAUUUUUCUAAAUGCAGGGGCCAAAACAAAUCCCCUUAUAAUGAAUUAAAAACAAUAAUUUUUUUAAAAAAUGUUGAAAUGGUUCCUUUUCUAUCAAUGUGCCUUCAUAAAUGUAAUAAAUUAUUUUAUGCAAAUCACUAGGCAAUAAAGAUCAGCAAUACUUUUGCCCAGAUUGCAGUUCUGUUGUUAUGUAAAUAACUCAGUAUGUAUUUAAAUUGAAAGUGUGCUCUCAACAAAUGCCCCUUUUCCCCAGUUAUCUUGUAAAAGAUUAAAAAUUAGCCAAAUGUGAAGGAAAAUGUUCAUAUUCCUAACGUGCAUAAUUCAGUGUGAAUUUGCUGUAUUCUUUUGUUUGGUUUUGAGUAAAAGCUUGAAUUCUUUGACUCAGUCAUGUUAGUUUGGCCUCCAGGGUGUUGACAAUUCUUGUGGAUUACUUCCAAUACUGUCAUGAUGAUCUUUACCUAAGUGUAUGUUCUUGUGUUUUAAAUCUGCUGUUUUAUGAGUGCUAGGAUAUCAUCCCAUGAUCCUGAACAGCUGAAGAGUCACCCCCUGACACUGCGAGGAUUAUUCAGCUUUUGUACAGCACACAGUAGCUCUUCAGGGAUAGUUGGGGCUAUUUAAGCUAACUUGUGAUCACCCGGUUGUUGUUUUUAAAUGUUGCUAGUGAUUGCACAUGUUUGAUGAUGAAGAAAGGAUCUCACAUUCCUGCUACUUUUGUAAAACUGAAAGGAAAAAAAAGAAUAAAGUUUUAAAUUUAUUACAUAUUA